AUGGCUGAAGAUAACACAGAUGGGUGUCAUGAAUAUGACAUUACGCCGAAACUAUCUCCAUAUUUUGACCCGAAGAUGCUGUUGUACGUGUUAGAGUGGAUGGGCACGAAGGGUAUAUACUCGCCAGAGCUACUAACACCUGUGAUAGAGGAGAUUAAAUUGGAACUCGAGUCGGUUAAAAUGGCAGACGAGGAGUUCAAGGCAAUGGAGACAGAAUAUUUAGAAAAAAUAAACCAAUUCAAGGAAGUGUUGGCACUGUAUAAAAAGGAUCAGUUGCACAGAAUAAGUACGACAUUCGAAAGGAUAACAAUAUCGUCACUGAUACAGUGGGCGUCGACGCCCUCAGUAGAAGUGUACGUAAACUUCCCCCCAACAGUAGAUAAGAUGAUAUUGAAGUUGGCGAAGGCAUACUUCGAUAGAGACGACUACGAAAACUGUAAAUCGCUAUUGACGUACUACGUUAAUUCAGUGUCAAAAUACACAAUUGAAGGUAGGAAGGAUAUAAACACGAUUAACAAUGAUUUAGGGUUUUUGAACAAAAAUAGAAUGAACUGUUACUGGGGAAUAAUAAGCUGUAACCUGCUGAGCAUACUGCUGCCGUCAACAAAUGAGGAGUUGGGGGAAAUGUCGUCGAUGCAAGUGACGCAGCAGGACCCAGAAGGAGACAAGGACGCAGCACUUCUGGACCUUAACUCGCCGAGGUCAGGAGUCUACUGCAUACUCAAGUUCGCAGAGCUGCUCAACAACGAGGAGCUCAGCAGAGACAGAAAGGACCUGAUACUAAAGAGGUGCUGGCUCCUCCACUGGUCGCUCUUCUACAUCUUCAAGUACCACCUGUCACUCUUUCACCUUAACAGCAAGUCCAUAAAGACAUUCGAGUGGCCACAGCUGCAGGAGUACUUCAUGGACGAGAGGAACCUGGUCGUGGUGAACAUGGUGGCCCCGCACCUGCUGAGGUACUACGCAGUGUACGCAAUGCUGAACAGGAACAGGAAGGACCACUUUAAGACGAUAAGCAACCUCAUUGCAAACGCAAAGGACAAGUACAACGACACGUUUACGUCGUUACUAGGAGCAUUGUUUGUAGACUUCGAUUUUGACGCUGCACAAAAACACAUAGUAGCAAUAAACGAGGCUUGUUCUGUUGAUUUUCUAUUGAAUCCACUCAAGGGCGCAAUUGAAGAGGGCUCAAGGCACAUCAUAUUUGAAACAUACUGCAGAGUACACAAGUCAAUAGAUAUAGACAUUAUUGCACAAGGCGUUAACAUGUCGGCCCUGGAAGCUGAAAGAUGGAUAGUAAACAUAAUAAGGCACUCACACAUGGAGGCCAAAAUCGACAGUGAAAGAAACUGUGUGGAAAUAUCAGCAAUGCCGCCAAGCCUGUACCAACAAGUGAUAGAAAAGACUCAGAAUCUGACGCUGAGGUCGAAUAUGAUACUGCAAAACCUGGCACAGCUAAACCCUAACGAUAACGCACUGAACAGUAUCAAGAACCAGGACUCAGGAGAUAGAGCACAGGCGAGAAGGAUGUACUCAAGCAAUCAACACAGAAAAAAUGUAAACAAGUACCAUAACAGAGAAAAGGAGUUUCACAAGCAGGAUCAAGAAUCAGUAUGGUGA